UAAGGAUACCGCCCUUAGUGCGAUGUAAACUAAGAAUGCGAUUACAUGGAGUGCGGUAUGUGAUUCGCGGUUCCCUAGUUGUCUAGUUAGUUACUAUUAGUUACUGUACCGCGUACCGCGUUCUAUAUAUAAUUGUACCCUAAGACAUUAACUUUUUUCGUGGGACAGAUCGUUGCAUCUAUCUGACAGAUUGUUUUGUUGUUUCGAUGAAACUAUUGGAAGAGUAUAAAGUGACAGAUUCUACUCGGUUUCUGCUAUGAAAUUAUGUUGACACUGUUGAUAGAUCUGUAACCUGCAGGCAAACUGCUAGCAUUUGCUCAUGUUUUAUGUAUAUCGUAUUUAUUAAUUAUUAUAAAUUUUCUAUAUACAAAUUACAGAUUUACAGAUAUAGAUUAAAGUUAAUGAUGAAGAAAAUAAGUGAGCAAGUAGACUCAUCAAGUUCCGAAGAUGAAAAAUUUACAAAUAUUUUGAAGGAAGCAAUUGAUGAGCAAUUUUUAAACAAUAAUCUGUAUAGCAUAGAAAAAGCCAAAACUAUUUCUCCGUCUGAAGCAAAGACUGACGAACUAGAAGGAAGUCAUUUCUUAAAAAUAAGUUCAAAACAAACAGAUGAAUUUACAAAUUUUGGUGUUACUGCCACAUUUCAAAGUUUUAUCGCCAAAAAACUAGAUGAAAUUUUGGAGCGAACCAUAGAGAUGGAAAGCAGUGAAGUUCCUAAUUAUUAUAAUGAACAGAAAUGGAAAAAGGACAAAAGCUUUGGAAUAAAACUUUUAAGUACAUCAAAAAAUUUGUUAACUAUUGCAAAAAUUAAAGAGGAAUGUAUGAAGCAUAAAAAAAAAUCCAAAAGAAAUAGACAGACUGUAGAGGAUGAUGAGACCUCGUCAAGAUUCCAAGAAGCUGUUAUUGACCCAGAAUAUAUAUUAAACAAAUUAGAUUUGGAAGCUUGGGUUAAUAAACGCCCAGAAUCAGAAUUUAAGUAUAAAAGAUUAAAAAAUGGUGCUUUAAUCGAAAUGUAG